ACGCGGGAGCGGGAGCGGCCUGGGGAGCCGGAGCGCACCAUGGAGGCGGCGGCCGGCGGCCGCGGCGGCUUCCAACCGCACCCGGGGCUGCAGAAGACGCUGGAGCAGUUCCACCUCAGCUCCAUGAGCUCGCUGGGCGGCCCGGCUGCCUUCUCGGCGCGCUGGGCGCAGGAGGCCUACAAGAAGGAGAGCGCCAAGGAGGCGGGCGCGGCCGCGGUGCCGGCGCCGGUGCCCGCGGCCGCCGAACCCCCGCCGGUGCUGCACCUGCCCGCCAUCCAGCCGCCGCCGCCCGUGCUACCCGGGCCCUUCUUCAUGCCGUCCGACCGCUCCACGGAGCGCUGCGAGACCGUGCUGGAGGGCGAGACCAUCUCGUGUUUCGUGGUGGGCGGCGAGAAGCGGCUGUGUCUGCCGCAGAUCCUCAACUCCGUGCUGCGCGACUUCUCUCUGCAGCAGAUCAACUCGGUGUGCGACGAGCUUCACAUCUACUGCUCGCGCUGCACGGCCGACCAGCUGGAGAUCCUCAAAGUCAUGGGCAUCCUGCCCUUCUCGGCGCCCUCGUGCGGGCUCAUCACCAAGACGGACGCCGAGCGCCUGUGCAACGCGCUGCUGUACGGCGGCGCCUACCCGCCGCCCUGCAAGAAGGAGCUGGCGGCCAGCCUGGCGCUGGGCCUGGAGCUGAGCGAGCGCAGUGUGCGUGUGUACCACGAGUGCUUCGGCAAGUGCAAAGGGUUGCUGGUGCCCGAGCUCUACAGCAGCCCGAGCGCCGCCUGCAUCCAGUGCCUCGACUGUCGCCUCAUGUACCCGCCGCACAAGUUCGUGGUGCAUUCGCACAAGGCCCUGGAAAACCGGACCUGCCACUGGGGCUUCGACUCGGCCAACUGGCGGGCCUACAUCCUGCUCAGCCAGGACUACACGGGCAAGGAGGAGCAGGCGCGGCUCGGCCGCUGUCUGGACGACGUCAAGGAGAAGUUCGACUAUGGCAACAAGUACAAGCGGCGGGUGCCCCGGGUCUCUGAUCCCCCGGCCUCUGUAAGAAAAGCAGAUGACGCCCCCUCCCAGCACCCCACGUCCUCCGAGAAGGACAAGCAGCCCGGCUGGCUGCGGACCCUGGCCGGCUCCUCCAGCAAGAGCCUGGGCUGUGUCCACCCUCGCCAGCGCCUAUCCGCCUUCCGACCCUGGUCCCCUGCGGUUUCUGCGAGUGACAAAGAGCUCUCCCCGCACCUCCCGGCCCUGAUUCGAGACAGCUUCUACUCCUAUAAGAGCUUUGAGACGGGCGUGGCCCCCAACGUGGCCCUGGCCCCGCCAGCCCAGCACAAGGCAGUGAGCAGCCCGCCCUGCACCACAGUCGUCUCCCGGGCCCCCGAGCCCCUCCCCGCCUGCAUCCAGCCCCGGAAGCGGAAGCUGCCUGCGGAUACCCCUGGAGCCCCGGAGACGCCAGCACCUGGGCCCGCCCCCGAGGAGGACAAGGACUCGGAGGCCGAGGUGGAGGUGGAGAGCCGAGAGGAGUUCACCUCCUCCCUGUCCUCGCUGUCCUCUCCAUCCUUUACCUCAUCCAGCUCUGCCAAGGACCUGAGCUCCCCGGGCCUGCUUGCCCCGCCCGUGGCCCCCUCUGCCCCUGAUGCCGCGGCCCCUGCCGAUGCCCCGAGCAGCGGGCUGGAGGCGGAGCUUGAGCACCUGCGGCAGGCCCUGGAGGGCGGCCUGGACACCAAGGAAGCCAAAGAGAAGUUCCUGCACGAGGUGGUGAAGAUGCGUGUGAAGCAGGAGGAGAAGCUGAGCGCCGCCCUGCAGGCCAAGCGCAGUCUGCACCAGGAGCUGGAGUUCCUGCGCGUGGCCAAGAAGGAGAAGCUGCGGGAGGCCACAGAGGCCAAGCGCAGCCUGCGGAAGGAGAUCGAGCGGCUCCGCGCGGAGAACGAGAAGAAGAUGAAGGAGGCCAACGAGGCGCGGCUGCGCCUGAAGCGGGAGCUGGAGCAGGCACGGCAAGCCCGCGUGUGUGACAAGGGCUGCGAGGCUGGCCGCCUGCGGGCCAAGUACUCGGCCCAGAUCGAGGAUCUGCAGGUGAAGCUGCAGCAUGCAGAGGCUGAUCGUGAGCAGCUGCGGGCUGACCUGCUGCGAGAGCGGGAGGCCCGGGAGCACCUGGAGAAGGUGGUGAAGGGGCUGCAGGAGCAGCUGUGGCCGCGGCCCCGCUCCGAGGCUGCAGGUGGCGAGAGCACGGCUGAGCUGGAGCCCUAGUGGAACCCACUGUCUGCUGCGCAGGGCGGAUGCCGCAGGGCGGGCGGGCGGCGGGGUUGGGGCUCCGUGCCAGCGGGGCGCCCCCCUCCAGUCCUUAUAGCACAACGUCUUACUGUGCCUAGAACCAAGCAAGUGUUUGGAACCACAUACUUUUGGAAUCCACUGCAAAAUUUUCUACUGGCCAAGUUCAAACGUGCAAGCCGGUUCCCAACUGCCCCGGAGACGAGGCCAGCUCGGUGGCUGUGGCUGGCCCUCCGCUUGCCGGAACGUUCUAACAUUUACACUUUUGUUAUAAGCUAUUUAAAACCAAUAAGGAGACUUGAUAUUCAGAAAAAUCAACACAUUUUUUAAUGACUAACUUUUAAAAGCCCCACCCUCACGUGAUGCCCCCCGAGGACCCACAUGGGAGCCGGGGUGGUCCCCGUCCUGCCCCUCGAAGCCAUCGCAGCUCGUCUGCACCCGCGGCCGCGUGACCACACGAAGGGUUUUUCUCCAGAGUCUAUUUUUUCAGCGACAAGGACCCGUCUCCCGCACUGUCAGGGGAGGACCCGGGGAGUGCCGCGCGCACGCGAGCUGGAACACUGCCGCCUUACCCGCCUACCGCCCCCGCCGCCCGCAGGGGCGUCCGCAGGGGCGUCCUCAGGGGUGCUUGGGCAGGCGGUGGGGGCGGGUCCGCGCUGGCCGGGCAUGUGCCCUCCUCCACGCGCCCCUCCGUCCGGCUGGCAGCCCGCAGGGGCAUUUGCAGGGGUGCUUGGGGGAGCGGCGGAGGCGGGUCUGCGCUGGCCAGGCACACGCCCUCCUCGUGCCCCUCCAUCUGGCCGGCGGCGCGCCUUCUGUUUGGGCCGAGGCUGCAGCAUUGCAACAAACACAGCAUUAUUUCAGUUUUUCUUUUUCCUUUUGUUUGUUCGUUCAUUUAAACGUAUACUUAGAACUGCACUUUGUCAAAAACCUUCCCCUUCUCUUUUUAUUCCCCAGUUAACUGAGGUUUUUACUUUCAGAUACUGCAAACCGAUUUCUAGAGCAUCCACAUCCUAAGUGCUCGAGUGUCUAGAAACCCCUCUGGUGCUUGGUUGAACAAGGGAAUCACACGAAAACGAAAACGCAAAAACUGAACUUCGGGGGGUGGUUCUGUGCCUUCCAGCGUCUUGUACAGCAAACCCUGACUCGUCUUCUUCCCCCAGAAUACGUCUCCAGUAGCUGUUGGAUCUGCCAUGAUCACAAUGAGUUACCUGCAUUUAUUCCAAAUAAUCGCGUUUACUCUCAACUGUAUGCGAAUUGUGUAAGGUUUUUUAUGCCCAAGCUUGAAAAAUGAUUUCCUAGUAGACCAGGUGGCUCCCUGACCUAAAUCAUGGUAUUUAUUUACGUGGAGAGACCUGACCAGAACUCUCUGCUCGUGUCCGUCCCAGCACCCAGCAGCUGUGGCCAUGGGAGGUGGUGCCAUGGCCGCCGAGUAGAGCAGAGUUCGGGUGACCACGUCGGUGGUGGGGUUCUGCCCUUGGUUUGCUGGGUGGGGGCUGGGUGCUGCCAGCCCCCCUUCUAAAGUGCAAUGCAAAAGGGACACCGUGUAUAUGCAGCGUGCGUUUGGUUGUUUUUCUUUUUUCUUUUUAAAAAAUUUUUUUGCUUCUGUUUUUCUUUGCAGUUAUUAAAUCUGUAUGCAUGGACUUUUAAACCUCUGCCAUACGUAUAUCCACCGAUGGGCAUUAUUACCGUGUCGUGUAGAGGGUCGGUUGUGUCACGCAACACUCAGAAUGCUGUGUUUACCCUUGUUUUUCCAGAGUUGUGUUUUCCAGUCAUUUCUUCAAGGGAAACUAAAUGAUUUAGUUGGAGCAAA